AUGCCCGUGCCUAGCGCCAAGGCUGUGCGUCUGGCACAGUGUGCCGAGGGCCUCUGUCUGCCGCUGGGUGACGCUGAGGCUUGCCGCUCUCUGGUGAUGCAAGACUUGCAACAGCUUGACGACUGCGUGGAGUUCCUCGUGCUGGGGCACAAAGUGAAGGGAGAUUCUACAGAUUCUUCAGGGCCCCCACGAUUGAAAUACGAAGCUCCGGGCAAGGCAGCAGCAGCGGAAUCACAGGCAGCUAGCCACUUGCAGUUAGGGCGGGAAGAGGCAGAGGGGUCUUCGCUGCCUCCUGCGGUUGCUGGAGGCUGCACACUUGUUUCAAAAAACGGCGUGAGUUUUGACUGGUUGGUAGCGUUGGGCUGUUUGAACUGUGGAGCACCCAUCUCUCUGCGUCGGGAUUUGGUGGGAGCAGCCGAGGGAGCGGCAGCAGCGGCAAAAGUGGGAGCUUCCGAAAAAGGUAGCCAGGAGGCCCUCCUAGCCGCUGCAGAGAAGGCAGUGCUGAAGUGCAGACACUGUGGGCACGACAUCGCGCCACUUCAUUCGUCAGAGGAAAGCGAAUCGCUGGUUGACAGGAUGGACGACCAGCCAGCGUGCCGGCCCGGCUUAGCGGCGGGAGGGGUAUACCUCUUUGGCAGUAGGCGAUGCUAUAAUUUUGGAACGAUUGGCAAGAAGAGCUGGCAGCAACGCUUCUUGGGAGCCGAGUUCGAGCAGCAGCGGCUGCAGCAUCACCUCAAGAUUAUGUUGGCGGCAGGAGAAGGGGGUGGGGGCAAGGCUGUGUGCAAAGAAACAUGCGAAAAAUGUGGGCAUCACGAGGCUUUCUUCUCGACGUUCCAGGCCCGAAGUGCAGAUGAAGGCAUGACGGUUAUGUACGAGUGCACCAAGUGCCACCAUCGGCGUGUCUUCAACAACUGA